UUCCUAAUUUAAUUUUAUUUACUCAAGUUAUCGAUGAUUUUUUUUCAUACUAAUUUUUGGAUCUCUAUUGCAUAGAAAGCUCUCUGGUUUAUUUUUCAAAAGAUGACCACCUAACGCAGGAUGCUUUGUGCACCUGACUGUCUUUUUUUGGCUAAUAUAUGUUUGUUAAGUACUGUAUAUGCAGAGAGGAGAAUAGGGGAAACCCUAGUUAGAAAGAAAGCGAUGGGGAGAGGAAAAAUAGUAAUUCGAAGGAUAGAUAAUAUGACAAGCAGGCAAGUGACAUUCUCAAAGAGAAGAAGUGGUCUACUCAAGAAAGCUAAGGAACUCUCAAUUCUUUGUGAUGCUCAAGUUGGCCUUAUCAUUUUCUCCAGUACAGCAAAGAUCUAUGAUUUCUCAAGCACAAGCAUGAGAUCUGUAAUAGAGAGGUACGACAAAGUGAAGGAGGAACAUCAUAAUCUCCUGAAUCCUAUGUCGGAGGUCAAGGUAUAGGAUCUUCAUCUACCAAAAUUUAUAUUUAACGCCUUUUUUUCUUCUUUAAGUUUACAUAUUCCAUGGUAUAUUUUUUUGUA